CUUGUGUCAACAUCAGCGCGCGCCGAGCCCGGAAGAGGCGCGGACUAGGAAAGGAGUCGGUUCGCGCAGCUGCGGCGCCUCGGUCCCCAUGGCGCUGUGGCGCGGCUCCGCGUACGCGGGCUUCCUGGCGCUGGCCGUGGGCUGCGUCUUCCUGCUGGAGCCAGAGCUGCCAGGCUCGGCGCUGCGCUCUCUGUGGAGCUCGCUGUGUCUGGGGCCCGCGCCUGCGCCCCCAGGACCCGUCUCCCCUGAGGGCCGGUUGGCGGCAGCCUGGGACGCGCUUAUCGUGCGGCCAGUCCGGCGCUGGCGCCGCGUGGCAGUGGGAGUCAAUGCAUGUGUUGAUGUGGUGCUGUCAGGGGUGAAGCUCUUGCAGGCACUUGGCCUUAGUCCUGGGAAUGGGAAAGAUCACAGCGUUCUGCAUUCAAGGAAUGAUCUGGAAGAAGCCUUCAUUCACUUCAUGGGGAAGGGAGCAGCUGCUGAGCGCUUCUUCAGUGAUAAGGAAACUUUUCACGACAUUGCCCAGGUUGCAUCAGAGUUCCCAGGAGCCCAGCACUAUGUAGGAGGAAAUGCAGCUUUAAUUGGACAGAAAUUUGCAGCCAACUCAGAUUUAAAGGUUCUUCUUUGCGGUCCAGUUGGUCCAAAGCUACAUGAGCUUCUUGAUGACAAUGUCUUUGUUCCACCAGAGUCAUUGCAGGAAGUGGAUGAGUUCCACCUCAUUUUAGAGUAUCAAGCAGGGGAGGAGUGGGGCCAGUUAAAAGCUCCCCAUGCCAACCGAUUCAUCUUCUCUCACGACCUCUCCAACGGGGCCAUGAAUAUGCUGGAGGUGUUUGUGUCUAGCCUGGAGGAGUUUCAGCCAGACCUGGUGGUCCUCUCUGGAUUGCACAUGAUGGAGGGACAAAGCAAGGAGCUCCAGAGGAAGAGACUCUUGGAGGUUGUAACCUCCAUUUCUGACAUCCCCACUGGUAUUCCAGUUCACCUAGAGCUGGCCAGUAUGACCAACAGGGAGCUCAUGAGCAGCAUUGUGCAUCAGCAGGUCUUUCCUGUGGUGACUUCUCUUGGGCUGAAUGAACAGGAGCUGUUAUUUCUCACCCAGUCGGCAUCUGGACCUCACUCUUCUCUCUCUUCGUGGAACGGGGUUCCUGAUGUGGGCAUGGUCAGUGACAUCCUCUUCUGGAUCUUGAAAGAACACGGGAGGAGUAAAAGCAGAGCCUCGGAUCUCACCAGGAUCCAUUUCCACACACUGGUCUACCACAUCCUGGCAACUGUGGAUGGACACUGGGCCAACCAGCUGGCAGCCGUGGCUGCAGGAGCUCGUGUGGCUGGGACACAGGCCUGCGCCACAGAAACCAUAGACACUAGCCGAGUGUCUCUGAGGGCACCCCAAGAGUUCAUGACUUCCCAUUCGGAGGCAGGCUCCAGGAUUGUAUUAAACCCAAACAAGCCAGUAGUAGAAUGGCACAGAGAGGGAAUAUCCUUCCACUUCACACCAGUGUUGGUGUGUAAAGACCCCAUUCGAACUGUAGGCCUUGGAGAUGCCAUUUCAGCCGAAGGACUCUUCUAUUCAGAAGUACACCCUCACUAUUAGGAAGAUUGUUAGGGGUAAUUUUUCUGAGGAAGGAGAACUAGCCAACUUAAGAAUUACAGGAAGAAAGUGGUUUGGAAAAUAG